CCUUGGGCACCCUACGUCCCCCUUCCCCAGGCCCCCUCACACACAUACGUUGUUUCCAUGUAUGGAAGCACAUCUCUCUCUCCCACAAUAAAUAUACAAAGCAACCCCAACCACUAAUGACCCCCCAACCCCCCACCUCCCCCUGUAUAUGACCACCCUCUCCAUUUCAUCAUAGAACACAUUAUCCACCAUCAGAGUUGCUUCCAGCACCAGAGGAAGAUAAUGGACCGGCUACUUCUACUCACUCUCCUCAUCACCACCACCCUCCCCCUCUCCACCUCCCUUCCCUCCUUCCCUCAGUGCUUCUCCAAAAUCUACGCCUUUGGCGAUUCCUACACCGACACCGGCAAUGCCAUCCCCCCGAGGCGCCCAUAUGGCGAAACUUUCUUCCAGCGCCCUGCAAACCGCUACUCUGAUGGCCGCCUGAUGCUCGACUUCGUUGCACAGUCUCUUGGGCUCCCUUUCGUACCUGCUUACCUCAACAACUCUGCAGAUUUCAAAAAUGGCGUCAAUUUUGCAGUUGCAGGAUCCACUGCACUCGAUAGCGACUUUUACUCGAGUAGGAAUCUUAGUAUAAGUUUUCUCAGUCCUCAGUCACUGCAAAACCAGUGGAACUGGUUCUCCCAAUUCCUGCAGGCACAGUGUAGAGGCGCUCAUGCAAAAGAUGGGUGCAUUGAUGACAGCAUUCUGUUUUGGGUCGGAGAGAUCGGCGCCAACGAUUAUGCAUACACCGCUGGAACAUCGGUCUUGCCCGGCACUGUGAGGGAGCUCGCCAUCCUCAACGUGGCAAGGCUUGUAGAGGGGUUAAUCAAGAAGGGUGCCAAGUACUUGGUUGUACAGGGGCUUCCAUCAAUAGGCUGCCUACCUCUCUCCAUGGUCCUAAUGAGCUCCACCAAGGAUGACAUCGGGUGCUCCGCCUUUGCAGACAGGCAGAGCCAACUGCACAACUCACUUCUGCAAACCAAACUCGAGGAGCUUAGGCAGCAUUACCCCAACACUGUUAUUAUCUAUGCAGACUUCUCUGGCGCCCACCGCACCAUCAUGCAAAACCCCCAAGCUUAUGGGUUCACGGAGCCCUUCAAGGCCUGUUGUGGUGUAGGCGGGCCGUACAAUUUCGAUCUAAUCGCCACUUGUUGGACUGACAAUGUGAGCCCUGUGACUUGGCAAAGGGCCAGUGCAUGUCCAAACCCUGAGAAAUAUGUGAACUGGGAUGGGGUUCAUAUGACUGAUGCGCUGUAUAGGGUGGUGGCCGACCUCAUUUUGAACCAUGGCUACUCUAGGCCACCUUUUCCCGAGUUGUUUAGUAGCAAGGGUUGUGUGAAUUGAAGUCUUUAUAGGCUUCAUGUAGCCUUAGCCAUAGAAUAAACUAGUCUGAAAAUAGAGAUCCUUGUUUGAGGAUACAUAGUGAGAAGGGAUCUUUAAUUAUACAGCAGUAUAAGGUAGAUAUCAGUUUUAUAGGGAUUUCAUGUCUAAGCAUACUCUUUAUAUUAAUAUGGGGUUUAGCCUCCUGGCUUAAUGGUUAUGACCAGCUGUUCUAUUUUCCUACA